UGGAAGAAAACAAAAGCGAUCACGUGACCAGAAAGCGCGCUGAAAACAAUCACAGCAUUGCAUGCGCGACAGCGCUAACUUAUUCGACCAGACGAUCAUAAAGUUAUAUCAGAAAGGACAAGUAAAUCCUUUUCACCCAAAUAACAAAGAUUCGUCUGAUGGAAGAUGCCAGAUGAGACAGUUCGCUCUGCAACCUACACAGUGCCCAGCGAGGACUAUGUUCAUGUUGUGGAGUUCAGUCCAUUUGACUGUGGCUCACCUGCGUCACUCCUGGCGUAUGGAGGAAACCAGUAUGUAGUCGUGGGCACUUGUCGUUUUAAGGAGGAAGACACAGAGGUCGAGGGUGUAGAGUUCAUCUCUUUGCAAGUAUUCAAGCAUGGAGUACGCGUGGAUGCCAUCGCAUGGAGCCCCGAAACCCGCCUGGACAAGCUCCCUCCCGUCAUCAGGCUUUGCACCACAGCGGCAGACAAAAAAAUCAGGCUGUGGACAUCCAAUCUCCAAAACAACUCCUGCGAUGUAAAGUUGAUGGAAGGCCACACCAGCUACAUCAAUCAUGUAGUGUUUGAACCUGUAGAAGGAAAGCAAAUAGCCUCUGUCAGCGAUGACCACACUUGCAGAGUGUGGGACCUUGAUGGUCAUGAAACCACUUCAUUCAGACUGCGUUCCCCUGGUGUAAGCGUCUGUUGGCACCCCGAGGACAUCUGUAAGUUGAUGGUGGCGGAGAAGAAAGGCACUAUACGCUUCUAUGACCUUGUUACACAACAUGCCAUUCUGUCUCUGGACAGCGGGCAGAUGCCCCUCAUGUCAGCUGACUGGUGUCUCACAAACACUAUUAAGGUUGGAGCCGUGGUGGCCAAUGAUUGGGUGAUCUGGGACAUUACCCGCUCCAGUUAUCCACUGGAGAAGAGACCAGCUCAUGUUGGGAAGGCUAGACAUUUCCGAUGGUCAAGGGCAAAUGAAAAUCUUUUCGCCACCACGGGCUAUCCAGGAAAAAUAAACAGUCAGUUAUUGGUGCAUCACCUGGGCCAUCCACAGCCUGUGAUGAUUGGUUCAGCGUCUGUGGGGGCUGGUCUGAGCUGGCAUAAGACCCUGCCUCUUUGUGUCGUCGGUGGGGACCGAAAGCUGUUCUUCUGGAUGACGGAGAUGUAACCUGGAUGGAAAUCAACUGGAGAGUUCUUCUGUUUUGCUUUUUCAAUAAAUAAAGUCAUAUUUUUCAUGCGCUUUCACUGUA